GACGUGCUGACGUCACCAGCCUUACGUCGCCUGCUGUGGAGGAAUGUGCGGAAACUUCUGCUGCACUUUUUCUCUCCGCGCUGUCCGUCGAAGAAAAGUCCCGAAGCUGAAAGAAAAGUGAAGAAACUUCUCCAAAGUCCAGCGGUGAGGAGUCGCUUCCUGUCCCGUGGAGGUGAAAAUCAUCAUGGCCGCUCAGACUGUGUUCUCGAUGGGGAUGUUUCCUGUGGGCGUGUCUCUGAUGGAGGACGCUCAGAGUCUUAGCGAGAUGCCCUCGAACAUGCUGCCCGCCCCUCAGCUGGUGAUGCUGGCUAAUGUGGCUGCAGCUGAGGGCGGCGGUGGAGACGGGAACAUGGGAGACGAGAAGGAGAUGAUGGAGCUGAAGACGGUGGGAAGCAGUUACUCCGACAGCGAGGACGAGAACAUCAUUAGGUACAGCUUUGAUAACCAGAACCACAGGGAGGUCUGCAUCAUCGAGUACCCUGACUCCCCAGGCCCUGUCAUCCAGGCUGUGGUGGUAGGAAACCCAGCAAGAGAGGAAGAGGAGGAUGACGUGGACAGUGCUGAAGACCUGUCUCAUUGCUCUCGGCCCUCCCCACCUGCCGACAUUAAAACACCUGAGCAGGGCAUCGAACGCAAAGUCAUCCCUGCCCCCGUACCGGAGAGCACCAAGAAGAAGAAACCCUUCCACUGUAAGCCGUGCCACUUCCAGGCACAGAACGAGCAGGAGUUCGUGGAUCACCUGGGCACGCACGGCGUCAGCAAGAUGAUUGUGGUGAACCGCGUGGAGGGGCGGAGCAAGACUAGGUCCAAGGAGGCGGAAACACCUGAGGCCCAGGCGCUAUCAGGGGGAGAGGGCGAGGGCAAUGGCGAGGCUGGGACAACAGGUGACAUCAAAGGGCUGAUCAGGUGUGAACGGUGUGGCUACAAUACCAACAGAUACGACCACUACAUCGCUCACCUGAAGCACCACAGCAAGGAGGGAGAGGACCACAGAGUGUUUAAGUGCACGCUGUGUCCGUACACCACCGUCAGCCAGUACCACUGGAGGAAACACCUGAGGAACCACUUCCCCAGCAAACUGCACACCUGCAGCCAGUGCUCCUACUUCUCUGACCGCAAGAGCAACUACAUCCAACACAUCCGGACACACACAGGUGUGCGUCCCUUCCAGUGUCUGUACUGUGACUAUUCCAGUUCUCAGAAGACUCACCUGACCCGGCACAUGAGGACUCACUCAGGUGAGCGUCCCUUUAAGUGUGAGAGCUGCAACUACCUGGCAGCCAACCAGCAUGAGGUGACCCGACACGCCCGCCAGGUCCACAACGGCCCCAAACCGCUGUCCUGCCCGUACUGCGAGUACAAGACCGCCGACCGCAGCAACUUCAAGAAGCACGUGGAACUCCACCUGAACCCUCGCCAGUUCCUCUGUCCGCUCUGCAAGUACGCCGCCUCCAAGAAGUGCAACCUGCAGUACCACAUCAAGUCCAGACACUCGGGCUGUAACGUGUCCGUGGACACCUCUAAGGUAAAACUACGAGUCAAGAAAACUGGUCCUGACGGUUCAGAGGAAACCCCCAAAGAAAGCAAGCUAGACACUUCAUCCAGCAUGGAGGAGGACUUUGACAUGGAUGAGGAUGACGGGGACGAGGGAGCAGAAUCCAGCCCCAUCAAUCUGUCCAUCUGGAAUAGCAACCGGCCCGACAGCAACCAACCGCUGCAGAACGAAGCUCCUGAGAAGGCUGUGAAGAAGUCCACCAUCACGGCUGAGAAAGACAAACCACAGAAGAUGAAGGAGAAGGUGGAACCAGAGAGAAAGGUCACAACUCGGCAGAAGAAGACCGAGAACCCUCUGGAGAACCCGUCUGUGAAAGAAACCCAGACUGAGACCAUAACACCUGCCGACAGCAAGACAAAGAGACGAGUCAAGAAGCUUUCAGCAGAGAAGACAACCGCCAAGGACCAAGCAGAGGUGCCUAAACCAGAGAAAGACCAAACACAGGCUGAGACCUCUGGCCAACAGAGACCAGAAGGGUCCGGAGCAGAGAAGGAGACCGGGGACAAAGAGGAGGAGAAGAUCAAUGCUGAGAGGAAGAAAGAGAGCAGUGGAAAGGAGAACAAAAGUCUCAACAAGCCCAAGAAGUCUGCAUCAAAGAAGGCAGACAAAAUCCCAGAACAGGUUGAAGACACUCAGCCGAAACUGGACAGUCCUGAGAAAGUCCACAAGGACAAACCGGUCAAGGAGAAGGCUGCAAAGAGGAGAGCUGUAGAGGCUCUAGACCUUUCCAAAAAGUCCCCCUCUGACAGUCCAUCCAAGACCAAACGUCUGAAAACCACCGCUCCAGAGAGGCCGCAGGUUAAACCUGCUUCAGAGGACACGAAGAAGACUGACGAGGACACCCCUGCACUCCACAAGUCCAACCAGACCACCCCCACAAAGCAGAAGAAGACCAGGACCAACAAGAAACCUGCAAAUCCUCAACCAGCGUUGGACCCGGCUAAAGACAAGGACACACCUGUCCCCUGUCUGUCCUCAGACGCUCCUGAGGACUCUGCUGAGACAGACCAUCCAACACAAACCAAGACCUCUGAAUAUAGACCAGCAGGAUCCAAGACCUCUGAGCAUAAACCAGCAGGAACCAAGACCUCUGAGCAUAGAUCAGCAGGAACCAAGACCUCUGAGCAUAGACCAGCAGGAACCAAGACCUCUGAGCAUAGACCAGCAGUAACCAAGACUUCUGAGCAUAGACCAGCAGGAACCAAGACUUCUGAGCAUAGACCAGCAGGAACCAAGACCCCUGAGCAUAGACCAGUAGUAACCAAGACCCCUGAGCAUAGACCAGCAGUAAUCAAGACCUCUGAGCAUAGACCAGCAGUAAUCAAGACCUCUGAGCAUAGACCAGCAGGAACUAAGACCUCUGAGCAUAGAACAGCAGUAACCAAGACCUCUGAGCCCUGCCCUUCAAAAACCAAGACCUCUGAGCCCUUCUCUUCAAAAACCAAGACCUCAGAGCCCUGCCCCACAGAGACCAAAACCUCUGAUCCCAACACAACUGAGACCAGCCCUGCACAGGACAAUAAACCAGCCCCAGUAGUCCCCGAGGAGACCCUAGACCAAUGCCCAGACAAGAUGGAGGUUUCAUCAGCCUGUAGUUCAGGCGGGGACACACCUUCCCCAGUGGAGGACCCCCCCACUCCGACCUUCCUCAAACCCACAUCCCCUCCUCCUCUGGUGCUUCCAGCUCAGCGAAGCCGACAUGCCGAUCCUGAAGACGACGAGGGAAUCCACAGCAGCCAUGAAGGCGGGAGUGACAUCAGCGACAGCGCCUCUGAGGGCAGCGAUGACUCCGGCCUCAACAGCACCGGAGCCGGGUCGGGUAAGAUGGCCAACGACCCGGAAACACCCACCGACGAAAUCCCGACACCUACGGAGCUCAAGAGUCACAUGUGUAUCUUCUGCGACCGCACAUUCCCUCUGGAGGUGGCAUACCGGCGCCACCUGAACCGCCACCUGGUCAACGUUUACUACAUGGACAACAGCACCAAGGGACAGAAAUGAGGACCGGUUACCAUGGGAACAUGUUCUGAAGGGUCAUCCUGCUCUGGACUUCCUGUUUGAAGCAGAAACUUUGAAUCCUGGAGUUCUGACUCCAGGUCAGCGUCAGAGAGUUGAUAUCAGCUGUUCCUCUAAAAGGAGGUGUCCCUGAACGCCUCGUGGUCCGGGGUCCAGACAUUGUCCCUGAUCAGCUACACUAAACCACCUUUUUCAACUGUUGUCUCCACUACUUGAGUUUGUAGACCCCAGAGAUGGUGGCAGAGUCCUGAUCCAGAUCCAGAUCCACCAUGCCAACUUAGUGCUCCUGAACGAAAGAUCAGGUUUAGUUACCAGACACACUUUAGCAAGACCCAGUCCUGGAUUAGACCAAAGUAAUUGGUUUGGUCUCAGACAAGAAGGACUCAGGACUUGGUUUCAAGAGGGUCAAGAUUACGAGGUGUGAGGUGUGACGGGGUCUGUCCAUGGUCGGGUUUGUGGAAGAGUCGAUGUGAGGGUUCGGGUCAAGUGUGAACCCUUGUUGUGCUGCCAUCUAGUGGUGUACCAGAGAACUGAAGAGGACUCUGUGUGCCUCAGUAAACCGGAUCCUGGGUCUGGCUCAGACCUCUGGGAUGCGAUGUAGUUAAAAUCACUCCUCGAGUUCAGACUGUAGGACGUCCUACACACCUGAGCCGACUUCCUGUCACAUGAUCAGAUCGUUUUUGGUUCACCUGUAGCUCUGUUAGUGUCCACAUGAAUUAAUACAGUGUGUUUGAAUGAGACAGUGUGUGUGUGAGCUGUCAGAGUACACACACACACUCUGUGUCUCAUCAGUGUGUGUGUCUUUAUAAAGUGCCUUUGACAAUCA